AUGGGGCGUGGUGGGAUGGGGUGGGUUCGCCCCCUUUUCCUCACUCCCUUUCUUCCCGAAUCCCUUGCGCUGCGCACCGAUAUUUGGUCCAAAUCCUGUGGAAUUGUGAGAGUAAUUGUGAGGAGAAUAUUUCAAUUGAGAGAUGGCUGUCCCUUCUGCAACCAUGGUACCAGUGUGGAAUGCCGCAUUGAUAUGAAAAACUUGAUUGGCGAGGCUUCAUGCAGGAUCUGCCAAGAGAGCUUUAGCACCACUGUGACAGCUUUGACCGAGCCUAUAGACAUAUAUAGCGAAUGGAUAGAUGAGUGUGAACGUGUCAAUAACAAUGAAGAAGAUGUCGAAUAG